CAGCAGAGUACGUGACCCAGAGCCACGUCCGCAACACGGCCCUGUGCGACUUCCUGACGCGGGUGAUGGCGGACAUGCUGCGCGGCGGCACGGGCACCGACUGGACGCAGGCAGUCUCCGGCGGUGGCUGGGGCGGCAGCAAGGGGGGCGACGUGAACAUCGACGCCCCCGGCCAGUAUGUCCUGCCCAGGACGUGUAUGGUCGCCACCGCCGCCUUCGUGGAGGCGAGGCUGACGCUGAGCCUGCCUGCGCGGGGUCGGAGCGUCGAGGGCCAGCGCGCUGCGCAGAUCGUCGGGGGGCUCAUGGACGUCGUCAAGAGGAGCAUGUACUUUGGGGCCAUCGACCAAGGGGCGCUGAGGUCCCACAUCCUGUCCGUGGAGGACCAGGAGGCAGCCAGGGCACAGCUGGAGGAGCUCGGCCUCGUCGCCUUUGUCAUGAAUGGCAGCAUCCUCCCGCGGAAAAGCGGGGUCGACGACCGCCCGAUGACGACCAAG